UUCGAACUUUACUUUAAAUAACCUAUUCUGUUAUUUAAAGAUAGGUCAUUCAUAGAUAAAUGUCAUUGAGAUAAUAAGUGGAUAUGUUUUCAACAAAUUGACAUUCAGAUUAAUAAAGUUAAAAUCAUUCGAUAAUAAUCUAAUCUAGUGCGUGCCACUUCAGUUCAUAUUAUGAUACUAUGGACGAUUUAAAACUUAAUGAAGAAAAUUUCCUUUAAUAGCUUUAUAUCAAAACUAGCUACUAACUUUAGUUUUCGACACUGCGUGUGUGAAGCAUAUCUUUUUCGCACGUUCGGCAAAAAGUAUCGUUGAAAAUCGCACUUUUUAUAGGCUGUAUCGAAAAAUACCGUACGACACAUGUUCGGGAAAGAGAUUCUUUUUUUGUACCAGGUGCUUGGAAAGUGCAAAUUCCUGGCCUCCCUAUUAGUAUCAUUACCACAGUAUAAAGCCAGCCAUAGAAUAUCUUUAUACUUAAGUAUACCUAACGAAGUGGAUACUAUACCAAUUCUGAAAGAUAUGUUUGCAAAAGGAAAAGAAGCAUUUGUUCCUCGUUAUCACGGACAAAAGAUGGAAAUGGUUAAAAUUAAUUCUAUGGAAGAUUAUCAUAAAUUACCACUCACAAAGUGGAAUAUUAAACAACCUAGUGUUAAUGAAAUUAGAGAAAAUGCCCUUGAUAAUGGAGGCUUGGAUUUAGUUAUAUUACCUGGCAUGGCUUUCACAAAAAAUGGUAAAAGGUUAGGCCAUGGUAUGGGUUAUUAUGAUAAGUAUUUACACAUGAUUACACGUUGUCAAAAUAAAAAACCAUAUACAAUAGCUGUGGCAUUCAAUGAACAACUACAUGAAGAUAUUCCAACAAAUGAACAAGAUUUUAUACUUGAUGCAAUCUUAACUGACAAAUUUUAAAUAACUUUAGUUGAAUUUUACAUAUCUAUUAAUAAUAAUCAAUUUAUACUCCAAAUAUUCAAUUGUAAUAAAUAUU